AUGGGUUCUUGGGGGUGGAAACUACCUGGUGAUGAGAGUCCUGAGCUCGUAUUGACCGAAAGGAAAUCACAUGACAAUGUCCUCGGUCGCCAUGCACGACUGUUUCACAACCACUCAUCGGGAGCACUGAUGCUUCAUCUUGCAAAGCAGAGUUUUGCUGUAGUUGACGGCAAGAAAGUCAGUGACUCGACCACCAUUUGGUCUGAUCUUACACAUAUCACCUUCGGAGCUCUGAGUUACCAACUCCAGCUCGAUGGUGCCAAUGACAGUGCCCAUCGAGGCCGACUGACCCGCUACCAGAAAAUACACGGCUUGACGGUGAAUGAUUACCCUGUGAAUCUCUUGUCAACGCCAGCCAAGUCUGACUACAUCCACAAAGACUAUGUCAUCAAGAACGCGAUCGGCCAUGGAAGCUCCUCAACCGUCUUUGCAGGUGAGCACAUAAAAAGUGGGAAUGCCGUUGCAAUCAAGAGAAUGACCCGUACUCGUCAAAACGCUGGCCCAAUCGAGCGGGAAAUACAGAUGACAGCCUUUCUCGGUCGUCAUCACAGCCUCUGUCACCUGAUCGAUGGGAUGUCCCCCAAUGGAGACCGUCGAGGCCAAUAUUUUCGAAAUGGCGCCUUUGACGAAGUCUACCUCAUCUACAGUCCAUUGGUAACCACAACAUGGUUUCCUCUCUGUGAGCCAGGACCAACAAGUGACGCCUACUACACUAUAUGCACCAAGAUAUUCUGGCAAUGCCUAGAAGGUAUUGAUUACAUUCAUUCAAAGGGUGUCAUGCACAGAGACAUCAGACCAGGCAACUUGGCAGUAGUCUCCUGGAAUCCUCCACAAUGCCGAGUGAUCAAUUUUGGAAGUGCCCAAAUGGGUAUCAAUUCCAACGAUGUCAAUGUUGGGACAACACCAUACUGUGCACCAGAGAUGUGGAGGCUUUCGAGAAGUGGUAAGACCUCGGGCCUAGGAUACAACGAGAAGGUUGACAUGUUCGCUGUCGGAGUGAGUGCAUACCAGAUCUUCUGUAAGCAACCGCUAUGGUGGGGCCACGAAGCCGAUGAAUACGUCUUGGACGUAAUGAAAGCGGAUUUGAAGUCUCAGGGGGGCGCUCCACUCGACGUCCAGGACCUUAUCAGAAGCCUGCUUGCGGAUGAUGCUGAGCUACGGCCUUGUGCGAAAGAUGCGAGAAAGUCUCUUGAUAAUUGGCACGGGCCAGAAAAUCAAGGGUAG